UGUUAUUGGCUGAUCCCGCCCCCAGCGGGCGCAGCUCAUUGGCUGCUUUGGUUUUCCUUUGUGGUGGCAGUUCGUAUCCGGUUCGUGAGGAGCCUCAGAUACACAAAAAAGGAGAGGAUUUUAAGCUCGGACUCACAAAUUAUAUGUUUUUACACUCGGUGUAAAAGUGUCACAGUGUGUGUGUGUGUGUGUGUGUGUGUGUGUGUGUGGAGUGGGAGCGGGAGCGGAGUGGGAGCGGGACUUCAGUGCAGUCAAUUCAGUGUGAACUGAGCUAACAGGCUAGUAGGCUAGUAGGCUAACAGGCUAGCUUAGUGUGUGUAUAAGUGAAAGUGAGUACUGUUUUGUGUGUGUGUGUGUGUGUGUGUGUGUGUGUGUGUGUGUGUGUGUGUGUGUGUGUGUGUGUGUGGCGGUGAUGGCGAGCUCGGCCUUAUACGCCUGCACUAAGUGUAACCAGCGCUACCCGUUCGAGGAACUCUCUCAGGGACAGCAGCUCUGCAAGGAGUGUCGGAUCGCCCAUCCCAUAGUGAAGUGCACCUACUGUAGGACCGAAUUCCAACAGGAGAGCAAAACUAACACCAUUUGCAAGAAAUGUGCACAGAAUGUUAAACAGUUUGGAACACCAAAGCCAUGUCAGUACUGUAACAUCAUUGCUGCAUUCAUCGGGACAAAGUGUCAGCGCUGCACUAACUCUGAGAAGAAGUACGGCCCACCACAGACCUGUGAGCAGUGUAAACAGCAGUGUGCCUUCGACAGGAAGGAGGAGGGUCGGAGAAAGGUGGAUGGGAAGCUGCUCUGUUGGCUUUGCACACUGUCCUAUCGCCGUGUUUUACAGAAAACUAAAGAACAACGUAAAGGCCUUGGCUCCUCCCACUCCAACUCAUCAUCACUCAGCGAAAAGGAGCAUCGCCACCAUCACCGCCACACCACCUCUCACAAGCUGAGUAGCAGUUUGAGUCCAGAACAGGAGCAGCGUCUGUGGGAACAGAGCCAUAAGUCAGCAUCUAUUCAGAAGGAAACGCCAAAGAAGAAACCCAAACUGGAGCUGAAACCGUCCAAUGGAGACAGUUCUAUAGCUCAGUCGAUGGACUCAGGUGGGACAGAUAACUUCAUCCUUAUAAGUCAGCUGAAAGAGGAAGUGAUGUCACUGAAGAGGCUGCUGCAGCAGAGAGACCAGACCAUCCUGGAGAAGGACAGAAAGUUGACUGAGCUGAAGGCUGAUUUUCAGUAUCAGGAGUCGAACAUGCGGCUAAAGAUGAACAACAUGGAGAAAGCUCACAAAGAGGCCAUGGAGCAACAACAGGCAAAGAACAGGGAGUUGAUGAAACAGGUUGCUGCUCUCUCAAAAGGAAAGAAGCUUGACCGUACCAGCAGCUCCCUUUUGUUACCAUGACGAUGACCUCUUGCCCACACAUGCCACGUCAUCACUGUGAGGACGCUUAGGCUCACAUACACCCCCCCCCCCUCAAAAAAGCUGCCUGUGUAUCUCUACAUUACUAUCCACCUGUCUGUCAUUGCCCCUCUCGCCCUGUACCCAUCUCCUGUCUGUCUCUAACCCCAACAAGUGGCCUGACCCUGUUCGCUCUCCCUCUCUGGAUCUCCCGUCUCUCUCCUGAUGAUGUCACUGAUGAUGUCACACAUGCAGCCCUGCUCCUGUCAUGUGACUCUGAUCUGAGGGGCUGUGCUAUGGACAAACAUGGCCACCGAACCUGCAGGAUGCACACACACACACACACACCCCAUAUGUCUGUUUGCAGAGGGUGACUGUAAAGACGUCUGUCUCGCUGCCUGCCCUCCUCUGUACGGUGGGCUUUUACUCACAACAAUGAUGAGGAUUUUAUUAUUCUGUGUGAAAGAGAAUUGUUAUUCACAUUAUAGGAAUCUUUCUCUCUUUCUAUCUCUAUCUCUCUCUAUUAUAAGUCUUUGUACUGUGACACUUUUGUAUUUUUUAUUUUGUCCUCCAGACUGGACAUUUCAGGAACAAUAAAUCUUCAAAAACU